UGAUUUGUGCGGUCCCUCAGUUGUAUGUCUGCAGUCGGACCUGUUGGACGUACUUUUGUCGGGACAUUACAUUGGGGCCACGCUUUGAGGCCGUUUUUCGGAACCGGCACCUUGGAGAUUGGCAGCGUGUUUACCGCGUGCGGUUCCUUGUUUAUUGUAUCGGGAAAGCCGAAAAGUGACAGAAUAAAAAGAUGGUUUUGACGAGAUUGGAUGAGCUUUGUGAUGAUCGGUGCCAAAAGGCAUGACCAGAAAAACGAGUGCCGGCAGAAAGUGUUUACGCUAAUUUUCCCCAUUUUCCGCGGUGUGAAUUGUCGAUCACGCGGUCUCCUGUAAACAGUGUAAAGUUUGCGCUGGAGAGAAGGCACGUGGAAAAAGGCGAUAUUAUUCUUCUUCCUAUGAAUUAUUAAUUAUCGUUUAACACUUGGUGUGUGCGAGGAAAGAGUGUGACCUCCCAUCGGGAAGGCAGUGUAUCAAGUUAACCAUUACGUUAAUUGGAGUUUCAUGUGGCGAUAAAUGCGGAAUUACACGUCACUGUAGAGCACUGUUUACACGACGUGUAUUUAUUUUUCGGGAUAGUCGCAUCCUAUUGUCAGAGUUGGAAAUAGAAUAGGAUCAUUGGGGUGAUGAAAUUGGUUGGUGGCGCGUAUAUCAUGUGGAAAUCCGAUCGGAAUCGGAUGUUCGAUGUGUAACAAGCAUAGUGAAAAUUUUGUGGUCUAUCUACCCAGGGUGCACAAUGUUCGGACCAUUGUGCAGUGCCAUAAUUGAGAAAUCGUUUAAUCAUCUUAUUCCAUCCAAACGGAACGUUUUGCGCGCUAAGGAGUGGUGACUGCCUGCGGUGAGUGCGGUAUCAUCGAUAACACAAAAGUCCACCGCUUGAAAAACACAGGUGUGAUAAGAUUUCGACAAACAGGCGAAGAAAACGUCGUUGUCUGGCCAAUCUGGAUUGUGUGUACGAUAAGAGGGAGCCUCGUAUUUGCCAUAGGGUGACGCCAAGAAAGAGGUGUAACUCUAUUUCUGGCACAUUGCAGUAAUCAACGUUUGUAAGCCGACCUGGCGAAGUAAAACGACUUAUCGAUGCUGGUCAUAGAAUAGCGGCAUUCUUCAUGUCACUCAACGAAUCCGAUAACGGCAUACCUUCCGAUGAUAAGGCGCGCCAUAGGGCAUCAAAGUAAAAUACAUGGAGUCAUUCACUAAGACACUAGUGGUUGCUACACUCCUUAUCGGCGCGAGUCGGGGGUUGCCUACCAGGAUCCUCGGAGAAUUGAACAUCAGCACAAUCCGAGCAAACGACCUUACAAACGAACUGCAGCUUAACAUUUCCUGGGAACCUGGGCGCAUCGAGGGAUACAAUCUGUACGAUGUCAAAGUUUGGCACGUUCCCACGAAUACCUGUAUGCUUCAGCCCACAUUCUUCGAGAAUCAGCAAGACCUGACGUGCGCUCCUAUUCACAUUGAAUCGGAAAGUACAUCAGUGCUGAUGCCACCAAAUCCUUUGAUUUUCAAGAAACACGAGUGCACAAUUAUGGCGCAUUGUACCUACAACAUAACGGUUCUGCAUUUGGAUUACAAAUGGUACUCACAUCAGGUUUAUCAAGUUCCAGAAUGCGUCGAUGGAGUCUGCUCGUGCUACUACAAACAUCAGUUACCUGACAUAACAUCUGCCACGGCCAUCACCGGAAAUCGACUAACAGUGAGCUGGUCCUUGCAGUAUGGAAACGCCAGUGUUGCAGACCUACCAGCCGACGUCGAACUGAAAUAUGUUGAAAUAACGGUGCGACACCUUCAAAGCGCGAAGCGUCCUUGGGACGGUUGGGACUUUACGGGAAAGCUGUCGGCCAACGACACCGGAAGCUGGACGCACGAUGUGAAAAAUGUAACUGGAAGCGAUGGCAUACUUUUGACGCGAGUUAGACUGUACGAUAGCAGACGAUGUUUUACGGAAGCCGAGGUCAUAACUGAUUCCAUUUUCGAAGAAAAGCCGGAUCCGAUACAAGUACCAUCGGACUGCAGCGGACUCGACUGCCAAUGCCAAGCACAGAAACGAGCAUCCAACUUCAGCGUAUACACCCGCAUGGAAGGACAACACAUGGUAGUCAACUGGGACCUGGAGCUCAGUGCGAACAGUGCCUCGACGGAGCCGAGCUUGGUGAAACUGUCAUUAGACGACCCGUUGCGGCGAAACGUACUGACGAAGGCGGUUCCAUGGCACGAACGGCCACUUCUUCUGAAUGUUGCUCAAAUAGAUGCAGUCGGGGCUUCGUUUACCCUAAGGUCAACCAUGGUGGACGCUAAUGGAUGUGAGCUAAAUGCCCUGCCGUUAAGUGUGCUCGUGCCGGCAUCUUCAUCAUCGCAGUUUCAUCCCAUUCAUCUGGUGAUGCUGGCAGUGGUGCUGAUCGGCCUUGGGGGACUACUGUGUGGGUGUAUCAUGCUAAAGCGAAAGCAAAAUCCCCGGCGUAUUAAGAAGAACUGGCGCGCCGGUCAGGAUACGGCAAACACGCAUCUUCAAUCGGGCAUGAUAAAAAUGGAAGAGAACCGACUGUACACUGAUUGGGAAAUAAUAGAAGCGCGAGCCAAGGGUGAAGCAGAUUUACUCGAGGUGCCACAUUCUUGUUUGCGCAUCGGUCGGGAAAUUGGAAAAGGUGCCUUCGGGCACGUGUUCAUCGCUAACGCAAGCAAACUGCCGCACUGCAAUGGACCAAAGCUGGUCGCCGUCAAGCAACUUAAAAAAUGCCCCAAGCGAAAACCAGAAUUUGAAGAAUUCCUAGAUGAAAUUGCGAUGAUGAAACAAGUUGGGAAGCAUCCCAAUAUCGUUGCGCUGCUGGGUUGUUGCACCCUUAAAGAGCCGUUGACCAUGAUUAUGGAAUACAUAGGAUGCGGAGAUUUGCUAGAAUAUCUGCGUAAAAUUCGAGCCAAACAUUUAGCGCGAGUGGCCUGCUUGGAUGGGAAAGCGAACAUGAUCCACGCGGAAACCAUCAGCCUACCGCGAUCCAGUUCCAACAACUCCAGCAGCACCGUGUUCGGACCAAUGCUCAAAUAUAUGGAAGCCGUUCAUACGUCGAGUUCUACUUCGGACACAUCGUACAUAACCCAGCCGGAGACAGUUUUGAGGCCAUCAUUGACAGGAACCAUGUACACCACUCUCAGUGGACCCAACGAUAGCAGCAGAGAACACUCCGCACUAGAAUACCUUCUGGACCACAAGGAACUGCACGAUUUUGCACGUCAGAUUGCGUGUGGCAUGAAGCAUCUGGAGGAGAAAAAUAUUACGCACCGCGAUUUGGCGGCACGAAACAUACUCAUAGAUGAGAAGAAAACCCUGAAAAUAUCAGAUUUUGGAUUAUCUCGAACCGGCAUUUACGUGAACACUAGAAAUAAAAAGGUUCCGCUACGUUGGCUAUCCAUCGAGGCCAUGCGUGACCAUUUGUAUUCCAGCAAGAGCGAUGUGUGGGCGUUCGGCAUCGUGCUGUGGGAAAUCGGAACUCUGGGUGGUUAUCCAUACCCAACCGUGAGCAAUCAUGAGCUGCUAAGCUUUUUACACAACGGAAACCGUCUGGACCGGCCGGAAAACUGCAGCGCUGAAUUGUACGAGCUGAUGCUGCAUUGCUGGAAGGCCGAACCGGACGAUCGCCCCUCGUUUGCCGACAUUUACAAGUCGCUGGAACCGCAUCGACGAAUUUACAUCGACUUCAACGAAAUAGAACCCACCUAUGUGUUUCCGCCUACGUCGGACCAAAUCAAGAAAAUUCUCGUGAAUAACAAGUAACUCGCUAUGGCUGUCGACCGAGCAGAUUCUUAAAAUUGUUUGACGUUCACAAUCGAGCCGAAGUUUUAUAUAGAUUGUUACCGCCCACAAUUCACCGUUCGGUGUGUUAUCUCCCCCGAAGAAUUGAGCGAAAACUAAGCAUUUCGGAAACUGGCACGCGAAUUGAAUUUUAGACCAAAUCUGAAAUAUUCCUUAGAAUAUACGUACAAAAUUUACGCUUCUUAGCCCAGCGAAAAAUCAUUAAUGCUUCUCAAUAAGUAAAUUGAAUCGCGAUAACUUUUUCAUUUUUGACUUUUUUCGCACAUUAUUUUGAAGUUCUUAAAAAAAACUUCUUUUUUUCAGAAUUUAUGCAAUUUUGAGUAUUGGUCGCAUGGUUUUGGAAACAUUCCAAUGUUACUUGAGAAAUCUCACCUUUCAUACAAAAAUGGUAUAUAAAGCACAUGCUAUAAUUUAUUAAGGAGCUUCUCCAAAAAAAACACUUGGAUACUGAGGGACCGAACUUAGUACUAGAUCAUGCACCCAGUUUGAACCCGACAACUAUUUCGUCUGUGGUAAGACACUUAGUAAGUUCUCCUUCUGUAGUACCGUGUAAUAGAGGCUGAACCUUAGCGACAGUUUCGGAAAUGCUUAUUUUUGUAUACGGUGUUCACGCGGAAUUUUUGCACUAAAUGAAACGUGUCAUGCAUAAAUUGAAUUUCUUAUAUUUUCUAUGAAGAAAAUAAUUGGAAAUAAUUGGAAAAUAAGUAUUGAAGAGAAUAUUGACUCUUAGAUCAAAUAACGGAAUAGGAACGCGUUGAAAAUCUGUUUAUCAGUCUUCAAAAAAUCCCACUCCAAGAGCUGCUGAGAUCCAAAAUCAUCAAAGCAAGAUUUGUUUCGCGCGCAUGUUUUGUUCUAAUCCAGGCAUGCAAUGAAUCACGCCACGUGUAUGAGAUGAUUGAAUCCCAGGAUUCAAUCCUUGAUCGAUUGUUUGCCGUGAAAAAACUACUCGAGUUAGCAUCGAUAUUUUCCUCAGAGUUGGUUGAAACUUUGUCUGACAAGAUACUUGAAACGUUUCUAAAAGAUGACAUGUCAUCAACCUUGCAACCAUUUUUGUUGGCAUUUUGACAGGCAUGUAAUGAUUUCUCAAUUAUAUGAGACGAUAGGACUGCUUACUCUUGAACAGAGCAUAGGGUAAGUAUUCCCUUAGUUGUGAGUGUUCCUAUAGUUGCGGUAGUGCCGUUUUCACCGAUUUUAUUGCAUUAGUCACAUAACCGACACUGCCAAUCGA